AUGGCUAGUUUGUUUCGUAAUAUUUUUCAAUAUACAAAAUCGAGGAGUUUGUCGCGUCCAAUUUGUAAGCAGUUUAACGUUAUAACACCUAAAUUUAAAUCUACGCGUUUAUUGCAAAAUGGUCUAAAUGCUGGAAUACAUACUUCCAAAAAAACACAGAAUGCUUCCACUAGUUCUUCACCUUUGGAAUUUCCGUCUUCAUUACCACCACCACAAACAACAGUAGAAGAAGCAGCUACAACAGAAAUUAUUGAUAAAAAAAUCGGAUCAAAUCCACCAUUAGAUUUUCCCUGUAUUGAUAAUUUAUUAUUUCGUACUAGAUCAUUAGAUGGAGGACCAGAACCUGCGUAUGAAAAAAUAGUUUCAGGAUAUUCGGUUUAUCAUCAUACUAAACCAUUAUUAUGUGAUUAUGGAGGUUAUUUACCAGAAUUUGAUAUUGCAUACGAAACUUGGGGUGAAUUAAAUGAAAAAAAAGAUAAUGCAAUUUUAAUUCAUACUGGAUUAUCUGGAAGUAGUCAUGCCAAAAGUCAUGUAAAUAAUGUUAAUCCUGGUUGGUGGGAACAAUUUAUUGGUCCAGGACUUUCAAUUGACACCAAUAAAUUCUUUGUCAUUUGCACUAAUGUAAUUGGAGGAUGUUAUGGUUCAACUGGUCCUUCAGGAAUUGAUCCUUCAGAUGGAGAACGUUAUGCAACUAGAUUUCCUAUAAUAACAAUUUUUGAUAUGGUACGAGCUCAAUUCUUAUUAUUAGAUAAUUUGGGAAUUAAUAAAUUAUAUGCUAGUGUGGGUAGUAGUAUGGGUGGAAUGCAGUCAUUAGCAGCUGCCCAUUUAUAUCCAGAACGAGUAUCACAAAUUGUUAGUAUUUCUGCUUGUGCGAGAUCUCAUCCUUAUUCAAUUGCAUUAAGACAUACUCAGCGUCAAGUUUUGAUGUCUGAUCCGAAUUGGAAUAAAGGAUUUUAUUAUAAUUCAAUUAUUCCACAUGUUGGGAUGAAGUUGGCUCGUGAAAUUGCUACUAUUAGUUAUCGAUCAGGUCCUGAAUGGGAACAAAGAUUUGGUAGAAAACGUGCAAAUGCAGAUCAAGACCCAGCAUUGUGUCCUGACUUUCUAAUUGAAACUUAUCUAGAUCAUCAGGGUGAACGUUUCUGUCUACAAUAUGAUCCAAAUUCGCUUUUAUAUAUUUCAAAAGCAAUGGAUUUAUUUGAUAUGUCUUUAUCCACAUUAGAAAUAAUUAAUCAAAAACGAAAGAUAAACACUGAAAAAUUUCAAAAAUAUGGAAUAGGAGGAUUAAUUAAUGAUCAAUUGUGUUAUAUACCUUCAAAUAAUUCUGCUACAUCACAACAAUCACAAUCACAUUCACAACCAAAACGUAAACAUAUGUCAUCAUUAAUUUCUAAAAAUAUUGAGGAUAGAAAUGAUCUUGUACAAGGAAUGUCUAAAAUUCAAGUUCCUGCUUUAGUAUUAGGAGUACAAUCUGAUAUAUUAUUCCCUUUUUGGCAACAAAAAGAAAUUGCUGAAUGUUUAAGAGAAGGUGGAAAUGAUGAUGUAACUUAUUAUGAAUUAGAUUCUAUGUAUGGUCAUGAUACUUUCUUAAUUGAUUUAACUAAUGUUGGUAGUGCUGUUAAAGGACAUUUGGAAUUUGGUGGUUAA